AUGCCCAUCCCCAAAACGCUAGCGCAGAUUACAUCCAGAAAAGUAUUGCCGUCUCAAAUCAGAGUAACAGUUCCAUCAUCGGUAGCUCAGCUUGUAAACAUGUACAAUUCGAGCCAAACAGUAGCACAGCGUCAAACUUGUCAAGCAACAGCUUGUGACAUUUUAGCACGUCUAGAGCAUCUUGUAUUAGCCAGCAUCAUCCAUGAUCCUUUUAGAAAAGACAUGGUUCGGUCCAGUAUCUAUCCGGUGCUUGAUUCCGCGUCAACUGGUGUAUUCACUAAAGCAGCUGGAGCACAUCGCCAAAAGCCCCUCAAAUCGCUUGGCCAGGCUGCUCUCGCCAAUUCACAUCCAUCUACCCUAUCUGCAGUGUUUAGCUCGCCCAUCAUUGAUCCAGUCUUCAAACCCCAUCAUGAUUCCAAGUUCAUUGGCAAUUCAAACUCGUCUGCCUCCAAAACCACACAGUUCGCGUCUGAAGCUCGGCUGUCUGUUCUUAUGCUUUCUCAGUGUCGUACUAGACACAUUCGUGAUCGAGCCAUGGAUCUCUUGAUGGAGUCUUUAGAUACCAACAUUCUUUCGACCCAUAUGGAGGAGACUAUCUGCUUACAACACCUGUGGAUUGAGUUGGUCCACGUAUUACGUCAUACAAUAGAUGGUCGACGACGGCAUAGAGCAGUUUCGGGAGGGAUUUCUAUUGCAGCCGAACUGAAUAAGCAUCAUUCCAUGUCAAACCCUAUUCAACACAAAAGCACAGAUGUACCCAGAGGGGGCUCGUUAGCCAAUCCAACAAACAAUCAAGCUGCGUUAAAAAGAGUAAAUUAUGACCGCAGUGUGUCAGAGCUGGUGGAAAAUGUACUUGAUACGCAGGUUUUAGUGGAUGACCAUUUGGAGCGAAUACUAAGUUGUCUUUUGCUGACAAUGCAUCGGAUAGAGUAUGCACGCGAUGUGUGUCAUGUUGAGCUGAUUAGUGCUAUGGAUCAGUCAUUCUAUUUGCUUCUUGAAGAUCUUGAACUCGUACGAUCGGAAAAUCCCUAUAUCAUACAGCUCAUUGGUGACAUUCAAGACAGCGUGCAUUAUAUUAUCUCAAUGGGUGAAGAAAAGGAAGAGGUCAUGGCGUUUCCAGUCGGUAUUUCGCUGCUAUCUCAAAUUGUCAGAACGGUUGUUCCUGAAAAUCUAUCCACUUUAUACGAAUCGUUUCAGAGCAUCAUGUCUGAUUUAAGUCAUAAAAGACAAUGGCAUAUUGGACGGAAGUUUAUUCGUAUCUUGGCAUCAGCAGGAAUGCUCAAGCUAGAAGUAUGCUUGAUGUUUAUUCGGUUUGUUAAAGAAUUGCAAGUGUACAAUUGGCAAUGGCAAUUUCUUGGAGUUCUUUGUUUAGGAAAUAUUGCAUGUUCAUCAGAAUCAUCAGCCAUUCGUCGCACUGCAAUAGAAGAUGGUUUGCUGUACUACACAGAGAUUGGAUUGGCAAAUGAUAUGCUACAGACCGAAACAUCUUGCACUGAUCAUGCCAAUCAUCAAGCCAGCAAUCCACUUUUAGCUUCAAAUCAAGAUACAAAUAGCAUAGAUAAAACCCAUGAAGUAAGAUUGACAUCACAAAACGAUACAUGGAAAAUCCGUGCAGCAUCUAUUGUAGCCUUGACAGAAAUAUAUCAGCAGUAUCGAUCGCAACCUCACGGCUUGCUAGCACGAGAAGUCAUAGGCAAUUGUCGGGCUCGUGAACCCAAUCCUAAUAUUCAGCAUCUUCUCAAUCACCCAGCAGCAAUUGCUCCACAGACUAGAAUGAUUCGUCGACUAUCAUUUGUAUUCAAGUACAUCUGUAUGUCGCUUGCAGAAAUUUAUGCAGAUACGCAGUCUGACUACAGUUACUUGAGAAAAUACGUGCAGACUGCAGAGCGCAAUGAAUCUCGACGCAGAUGGCAUCCACCUAAAACGGGAAUGCAUGAUCGAUCCAAUGAUAGAUUGGGGCAAGAUGGAUCAGCAAUUGACAACGAAUCGCAUCAUGGCAAACUCGAGCAUAUGAAGCCAAUAAAAACCAAAAAGGAUAUGGCGCGAGAAGUCAAUGUACCAUUUCAAUCCCAUUUAGCAGGAUCGUAUCAGACCAACCAUUCGAUCCAAGAAGCAGUCCAGUUGAGCACAAGAAACAUGACCAAUCGAAAAGAAAAACCGCAGUUUGCUGGUCGUGAUCCUGAGUUGCUGUCCAUCAAUCCAUAUCAUGAAAACUACAAACAAAUUCAAAUUGACUCGACUGCCAGUCUUGACGAUGCGUUUCUGUCAUUUGAAGAAUGCAAUCGAUUCGAUUCUCCUGUUGAUGGAAUUCCUACAUUAGCACAACUGCCUCCACUCGCACCCUCCACAUUUCACAGUUAUCUGUCUGGAUUCCAUCCAAGACAAUCCAACUCAUUGAUACUAGAUAAUGGUACGGCAAAUCGUCGUAAACUGUUUAAUGUAAAUCGCCCAGAUUCAGAUUCAAGUCCAGGUUCAGAUUCAGAGCAUAAACACUCACAAAAAGAAUCGAUUAAGAACCAAAAGAGUAAGAUGGAUGAUUGUCAUUGUAUUGCAGAGUAACAAGUAGGAUUGAUUCUGUUGUAGAGCUUAUUCAUCGUGAAUCUGACGAGCAUCACAGAAGCAAGUCAUGACAACGAAUUGAAUGAAUUGUGAAUGGAAAGUCUACAAUAAAGAUGGAUGAAUAGUG